AUGAGUCCGAACCCCGAAGGUUCUACUUCCGGCGACGAACACGACGCACCGGACCCAACCCCAGUCACAGCUAUUCCGAUAGCACAUGAUUUCGUCGAUACCAUCAUGGAACGUAUUGUAGUAUCACAUGAAGUUCUUGGAGACAUUUGGGUGCAUUUGUGGCUCAAAAGAGGUGAUAAAAAUGAUCUAGAGACGAACAGCCCCAGAGUGACCUCCCAGAGUGAUCCUGCCUGGUCACUCCUCAAAACUCCUAACAUCAAACGUUUUGCCCGACAAGACGUUGCUCAGAAGGCGGCCACCAAGCAAAUCGCCGCCUUCGCUGCACUCCUUGCUCCUCUCGCCGGUGCUCCAGAUGCGCCGACUACUACCAUCCGGAGACAGCUGUUCAACACCGACAUAACUGCCGAUCCCGCGAAUCAAGGCGCCCCUUCCAGUACCUUGAACCCAGACGCCGCUCCUUUCACACCCGCAAAUCUAGAUCUGCAGAUGAUUCGCGAACUCGCCGCACUUAAACAGUCGCUCCAGGACAUACACUGCAUCACCACCUCCGCACCGCAGAUCGAGCAAGUCCUGGCCAACACCCUCCGGACCCCCUUUUCUCACAUAGUCACUAACGUCCGACUACGACCAAUAGAGAAGCUCCGACUGCCGACUUACGAGGGUCUCACCGACCCAAUGGCUCACAUCACGUCCUUGAACAUUGCGGUACGCCGAGCGAACUUUUCCGAUGAAGAACGAGACGGCGGCUACUGUCAGCUUUUCGUCGAGAGUUUAAAAGGACCGGUUCUCACCAGGUUCACGGGUCUCACCGAGAACUCCAUCAAAGAUUUCCACGAUUUGUCGUCCGCCUUCUUCAAGAACUACAUCAUGUUUACUCAAGAGGACGCAAUGGUAUCAGAUCUGUGGAACCUUUCUCAAGGAAAAGAUCAAAGCUUCGAAGUUUCAUGGAGAAAUUCAAAGCCAUCGUCUCGAAACCAAAACUGCAACAGCCACAAAACCGGCGCCAAGAACGUGGAUACUCGUCAAGAGCCACGACAACACUCGUCAGACGACAAGGCGACCCAGAAGAAAAAUUUCCUAUACGUCGUCGACGACGAGACUCCCCCAUCAUCAACAACUGUAGUCCGCGAGAAAGGGUGGAACGUUUACAACCGAGAAACCGAUGGCAAACCGUCAGAGUCCUCUGCACCAGCGAGCUCUAGGCCCCCAGGAGCCGAGAAAUGGUGCGACUAUCAUAACGCCAAAUCACACGACACGAAGGAAUGCAAGACACUCUUUGAGCAAAUCCUCUUCUCCGUCGCGAGUGGUAAGCUAGAGAUCGAACCGCCGAAGCCGAGAGCCAGAAGUCCCGCAAGCUGGAGCAAGAAUAAGGACAUGAAAACGCAAAGGUCGCAAGGCAAAGCCCCCAAGAACGAAAGGCGAGCAACACCCGAAGAAGUGACUCCAGCAUCACCAGAAAAAGGCAACUCCUCGAUCUAUGAGUAA